AUGGAUCCUGAGGAGCAAGUGCCAUUUUCUACAAGGGUGCUCGGGGAAAAGUUGCCCAAGGGAUACAGGCCUCCUGCUAUUGGAGAAUAUGAUGGUAGUCACGACCCGGAGGAUCAUCUCCGUAAGUUUAGGAACGCCACCCUGUUGCAUCAGUAUAGUGAUGUCAUCAAACGCCGAGUGUUCUUGAAUACUUUAUCCGACUCGACACAAAAAUGGUUUGACGGGUUGCCGAACGGGUGCAUCACUUGUUUCCACAAUUUCAAAACUGUCUUCCUGCGCCAUUUCGCCAACAGCAGGAAGAACCAUAAAACUGACCAUUGCCUCUUCACUCUUAAGCAAGAGCCAGCUGAGCCCUUGCGAAGUUAUAUCAAGCGCUUCAAUCAGGUGGCUCAAGACGUUCCAUCGGCCACCUCUGAAAUACUGAUGAGCGUCUUCUCUCAUGAAUUAAUAGAGGGGGAGUUCUUCCGGGACCUCAUUCGGGAUCUCGUAACGAACUUCGACGAGAUGCUGGGGGAGGUCGCCAGCUAUAUCAAUGUGGAAGAGACUCAGGCUACUCGAAGAAAAGCAGACAAGGUGCCUACUUCCACCAACAAACCAGAAAAGAGGUCACCUCAACCGCCAGCCCAACCUCUUCUGCGUACUCGGGAUGCCCGACCACCCUUCGGUCCCGGUCUGGAUACCCGACCGGUUCCACGGGUGGCAGUUGUUCAAGCCCUAAGGCCUGGGUCAUGGGGACCGCGCUACUGCACUUACCAUCGCUCCCACACCCAUGCCACCAGUGGCUGCCUUCAGUUCGCCCGAGACUCUAGGCGUGCCGCUGAGCUGGACCUACCUCCGCCAGAAAUCGUGCCCAGGACUCAACAAAGGAUACUGACCCACCAACAGGUCACGGUCGGGGCAGGUCAACCUGGCAGGCCUCAACCUGAUCUUGCUAGACAAGGGAAUCAGCAGCCCGGUCGCGACCAGGGGCCUGGGGAAGCCAAGGAAGAAGAAAAUCGAGGCAACACAAAAAUUCGGGAGAUUGGCAUAAUCUCUGGAGGGCCCACAAACGACAUCAAAUUGAUCCUGUCCGGAAUCUAA